UGUCUCAAGCAGUGGCCUCUAAGAUCCUGGUGGCCUGAGGGAGCCUCUCAUUUUAUAUGAAUGCUGUAGGCUGACUGUCGGGUGUUGUGAAACUAUUAAUUUCUUCAUGGAAAGGCAUAAAGCCCUCAAACACACGCCAGAGGAGACGCUACAGGGACCGCUGCUAGCAGCUGGCACAGAGAAGACCUUGGACUUGGCUGAAGUGCAGAUUCCUGCCUUCACGUCUAAGGAUCUGCACUGUUUGCACCUAAAUGUUUGCAGCCUACGACCAAAGACAGAUGAAAUCUGUGUACUUGCAUGUAAAGGUUCUGGUCUGCAGAUAAAGACAUCAUGUACAUCAACAUCAAAUACAGUUUGUCAACCACUGGAGGGAUUCUACUGUAUGGACUCCACAGAGGACGGCUGUGUGAAAGCACUGAAACACACAAGCUGUCAACCAGGACAAUACAUCAGACAAAAAGGAACAGCUCUCAGGGACACUGAGUGCACUGACUGCAGUGAUGGAACAUUUUCAGAUGGGACAUUUACAUCUUGUCAACCACACACACAAUGUGAAUCACUAAAGCUUCAGCUGAUCAAACCAGGAACUGAUUCAACUGAUGCUGAAUGUGGAAAACAAAGUUCAAAUGUGACAACAACUGUGAUCUGUGUGAUUGUGGUGCUUGUUUUAUUAAUUGUCAUAGCUGGAUUAGUUUGCUUUGCAAAGAAGAAAUUAGACGACAGUUUGAAUGUUGCAGGCUGGGAUGUUUUGGCCGAAUGA